AUGGAUGCUACUUGUCCGGAAGAACAACUCAGCACUACAGCUUCGAUCGUUCUAUCUUUGUGGUUCUCAUUGUCUGGUUUAGCAGCUGUAGCUGGAAACGCAGUGGUAUUGUGGUUGUUCUACAAAAGCGAGUCAUUGCGAACAAUUUCCAACCGACUCCUAGCCUCGCUGUCGGUAGCAGAUCUUUUCGUUGGACUUGUUAUUGACCCAAUCUGGAUCGCCAGUUAUUGUCUUAUUCAGCCAUCAGCUGAUAGUGAUGUGUUCUUCUUCACAGACAUGCUCUGGGUUCACACGACUACCGCAACAACUUUUUGCUUGUGCUGUGUUUCUGUAGACCGAUUUAUUGCGAUUCGCUUUCCUUUCCGUUAUCAGGAAAUUAUAACAAAGAAAAGGUGCUACACAGUCAUUACUUUGGUAUGGUUAUUUUCAUUGGCACUUCCUUUCUCGAUGAUGUUAGUGAAUAACGACGAAGACGAUACAGCGUUGUGGUUAUCUCUUGCAUUUUUGAUAUAUGUUACUCCUUUAUUUGUGGUUUCUAUUAGUUAUAUUUUCAUGCUCAAAGAGGCCAGACACCAAUGUAGAAGAAUAGCACCCAGAAAUAAUUAUCUGAACCAUAAUAAUCGCAGAGUUCGUAUUGUGAAAAACUAUAAAGCUAUUAAAACAGUCGGUAUUGUUUUAGGUGUUUACGUUGUUUCAUGGAUGCCCAGUUUGAUCUUACUUUUAGUUCAAUGUUAUCAUUUGGUGGCAAAUAACCUCUGUGAAUCUGAUGAAAUAGACGCCGUUGUAUGGCCUUGGGUAGAGGCUAUCGCUUUUACCUCCUCUGCCAUUAAUCCAUUGAUAUACUACUUUCGGAAUAAAGAGUUUCGCCUCGCGUUCCGCCGCACCUUUCGAUGGUUACGCUAA